AUGGAAAAACAACAUGGAUCAGCAGAUAUCACGCAGGUGAGCUCUCAGAGUGAGUUGGGAGAAGUCCGUCCUCUAGGAUCACUCAGAACCAUCACAUCUAAGCGAGCCGGCGAAGUCAACUACAUCAAUGCCAAAGAAGCUCACGACGAUCGAGAGUUGCUGGCCGAAAUCGGCUACAAACAAGAACUGCAAAGACAUUUUAGCACCAUACAAGUUUUUGGUGUGGCCUUCUCAAUCAUGGGAUUGCUACCCAGUAUUGCAUCGGUGCUGGUGAUCGGUUAUGGUGGAGGAAAUGUAUCUUUAGUCUGGGGUUGGCUUAUCAGUGGGUUUUUCAUCUUGAUGAUUGGUUUGUCGAUGUCUGAAUUGGCUUCCGCUAUCCCUACAUCUGGAGGGUUGUACUACUACACUUACUACUAUGCACCUCAAAAAUACAAGGCAGUGCUGAGCUUCGUGAUCGGUAACUCCAAUAGUUUGGCUCUGGCUGCUGGUUUGUGCUCCAUCAUCUAUGGUUUCGCGGAGGAGAUCCUUUCUAUCGUGGCAAUCUCCAAGGGCGGUGAGUUUGAGAUUACAAAUGGCAAAACGUAUGGUGUCUACGCCGCUGGUAUUGCCGGUUGUUUAGCCGUGACGUCCGUAGCUACUCUGGGAAUUUCCAAACUUCAGACGUUUAGCAUCGUCUCGAACCUACUACUGAUCGCUUUUUUCCUCAUUGUUCUCCCUAUCGGAGUGGCCAAGUCCGAUUUCCCUUUCAAUGAUGGCGCUUUCAUCUUCGGAAAAUGGGAAAACGCAACUAGUUGGUCCAAUGGAUGGCAGUUUAUGCUGGCUGGAAUUCAACCUGCGGCAUGGACCAUUUGCGCAUUCGAUGCCUGUAUUCACAUGUCCGAAGAAGCUAAGAACGCCUCCAAAGCUGUUCCCAUUGGCAUCGUCGGUUCGAUCUCCGUUUGUUGGAUUCUGGGAUUUUUGAUCUGUAUCGCCAUUGUCGCAUGUAUGGGGCCCAGUAUCGAUGCCAUCGUGAACUCAGCAACUGGAGCUCCACUUGCGCAGAUAAUCUACAACGCACUAGGCAAGAAAUGGACAAUUGCAAUCAUGACUCUUAUAGCCUUUUGCCAGUUCAUUAUGGGAUGCUCCAUCUUGACUGCGAUUUCGAGACAAAUCUGGGCGUUUGCAAGAGACGACGGUCUUCCAUUCUCCAAAUUUUUCAAAGUUGUUAACAACAAGCUUUCCUCGCCUAUCAGAGCCACUUGGUUUGCAGCAUUUAUCGCGUUGAUUAUUGGCCUACUGUGUCUAAUUGGAGGAGCUGCAUCUAAUGCGUUGUUUUCCCUCGGGAUUGCUGGUAACUACCUAGCAUGGACGACUCCUAUGGUUCUGAGAUUGACGACCGGCAAAGAUUUGUUCAGACCUGGUGCUUUUUACAUGGGCCGCGUCCUCUCACCAAUUGUUAACUGGACGGCGAUUGCCUUCCAAACUUUUGUUAUAAUAAUGAUCAUGUUCCCAGCCGAUCCCGCGGGCUUGAAUGCGCAAACGAUGAAUUACACUUGCGUUAUUUGCGGUGGUGUUUGGUUUGGUAGCCUGAUAUACUAUAAGGUGUACAGGCACAAGCUUUACAACGGUCCCAAAUCCAACUUGGACGAUACUGAGUUCGAAGACGCCGUUGGUCAAAACGUUCUUGACCAGAUUCUAUCGCACCAAAAAAGCGGUUAA